AUGUGACGUGUUGCGCCGUCCCAACGUCCUCUCGGCGAAGCAGCCUUUCAGACAAUGCUGAGGGACUGAAUUGCACCCUUCACUCAAUGCCUCGUCCAGGCUUCUCUUCCAAACACAGAUGGACUGACAACAUAGAAACAUGGCUGCCUCUGCGACGAGCAAGGCACGAAACAGAGAUAGCAACGCUGCUGACAGUCCGCGGCGUCCCGGAGAGCCUCUGUCGCAGUCACGGGACAUAAUAAAACCUUCCAUCACGGAGCUGACCAAAGAAGUGAGGACGAACAUCCUCUGCACCGUGGAAGGAUGUGGCAAGAUUCUCCCCAAUACACCUGCGUUGAACAUGCACCUCGUUAAAUCGCACCGAGUGAAGGAUGGUAUUGUGAAUCCUACCAUCCGAAAGGACAUGAAGGGCUCUCAGAAGCUCUACUGCUGUCCAAUUGAGGGUUGUCCCAGGGGGCCCAACAGACCCUUCUCCCAGUUCUCCCUGGUUAAACAACACUUCAUGAAGAUGCAUGCAGAAAAAAAACACAAGUGCUUCAAGUGCACCAACGGCUACAGCACCGAGUGGGACCUAAAGAGGCACAUAGAGGACUGCGGCAAGACGUACCAGUGCACGUGCGGCUGCCCCUACGCCAGCAGGGCGGCUCUACUCUCACACAUCUACAGAACCGGUCACGAGAUCCCUACAGAACACAGAAUUCCCCCAGUGAAAAAGCGAAAGAUGGAGAAAAUGUUAAGGGAUCCUGAAAAGGUUACGACCAACGAGUCAACCUGUCCGAUCCGGCCCGCUAGCACAGUGCUGACAGAGACUGGGCCCCCGUCCGGUGCAACUGUCCACAUCGCGGAUUUGGCGAAUCAGAACUCCAACCCCCGCAGGAGCCUCCAGAAGCUGCUCCUGCCAAAGCCCAAGAUGGCUUUGGUCAGUGUUCCUGUGAUGCAGCUGGCCCACCUGCCCGUCCUCCUCCCGUCUACAGACGGCGGCGCUCUGAGGUCUGUGGUGCUGGCUGUGGACAGCCGAGGCUCCGUCGGCACCCUCCACCUGCUGCCGCACGGAGCUGUGGUGCCCCAGCUGGACGCCAAGAGCUUGUGUUUCAAGGACAGCAUGCCCACGUCCCGCUCGAGCCUCGGGCCGAUCAGCACCGGCGUGCAGGCGAGUCUGGACCCUGCCAGCACGGGUACCCUGGUGGAACAACGGGGAAGAAUCACCUCCACCAACAUUCAGACGGACAAGUCGUACUUGUCGGAAAUGCCCACAGGCGCGGGGGUCGCCGAGGGGAUGGGGUUGUACCCGGGGGGCGAGUCCUCUGUGUCGUCCUGCGCCCAAACAGACAUAAGCGUGAGUGCCCAAGUGCUGCUGCCGGUCAGUGUUGAAACCCAGACCUUCUCCUCCCAGGCGAGAGCCACGUCCUCCAUUGGAGCUCAGACAGACACUCAGAGCGUUGCCGAAAUUUCUUAUCCUCCUUCGCUGGCGCCGCCAUACAAGACCAGGCAGACGCAGACGUCUCUGGCAGACGACAAGGCUCAGCAGCACGCCAUGAUGUGCUCCGACCUCUUCGGCAGCGACUCCCUCAGCGUGUCCACUCAGACCGCUCUGGACAUCCACAACACGCUCGGCGGCAGCAGCAUCUAUGAGGACCCCAAGUCAGCCGGGGGAAUGUGUUUCGGGGUGCAGACGGAUGAGCUCAACUCAAACAACAUGGCAGAUAAUCAGACCCAAACGAUGACCUUGUUGAAUGACCUUGAGCACAUUCUGUCCGACAGCAUGUCGGGCCACCAGGAGCUCACGGCGGCGUCGGAAGGCUGCGGGUCGGUUCUGGGUUCUGUCCAGGAGCAGCACAAUGGCAUCGACUUUGACUUUGAGGAGUUCCUCAACGCCGUGCACAUCCAGACCCAGACGGAGGAGAGCGAGCUGGGAGGACUGGGCGGGGACGCGCCGCUGGAGUCCCUUGACAUCCAGACCCAGACCGACUUCCUCCUGAUGGACGAACUAGACCAAAAUGAGGGACCAAGUCGAACCCAGGCCAGCGACCUGGAGCUAUUCGAUACUCAGACUCAGACCGACCUCAAUUUCCUCCUGAACGCCGGGAGCCACAUGCCCCUGAGCAGCAUCCUGCGACAUUCCAGCUUUUCCAUGAGCACCGAGUCUUCGGAUACAGAAACCCAGACGGAUCUCCCUUUAUUCUCCUCCGGCCUGUCCGCCCAGACUCUUGUGAGUCAGGGGGAACACGGCAGGCUGCUGAACAGCACAGAGACGCAGACUGUGACCAGCCAGGCCGAGGGCCUGGGUCACCUCUUCCUGACGAGCAACGAAACGCAGACGGUCAUGGAUGACUUCUUGUCAGCCGACCUGGCGUGGAACAUGGAGUCUCACUUCAGCUCCGUGGAAACCCAGACGUGCGAGGAGCUUUGCGCUCUUUUUCAGCACCCCGAGAGGCCCAACAGCUGAAGCCCUUCUCAGUGAGUCUGCCUGAGCAGGAUUCUCCCGUCCGCUUGGCCCAGGAAGAGGAAACGGUUGGCGCUGUCCCCCAGUGGACCACAGUCCAAGCAGUAAGAAGUCUGCCAAAAAAAUGUCUUAGAACAUUCCACUGGAGACAUCAUGUCCAGAGCCUUUCCGGGUGCACAUCCUGACCGCACUUUAAUUGCUCAACGGGCAUGACUCAGCCACUCCGGUGACAGUUUACGUAUUUAUUUGCACAUAAGGUAAUGUAUUGUAUGUGUAUUUUGUCUGAAAUGCCAGUUUACUUUAAUUUUUUCAAUGUACAACCAGUGUGACUGGUUUUAACUGUCUUACUAGCGGUUUAAAAAUGACUCAACAUUUCCUCAAUGUAAGAUCUGCACCUUUAAAAGAGAUGACAUUGUUAGCUGUGCGUUGUUGUCAACAAAAGGCUUAUAAUUUAGCUUAUAACAUAUGCCGGCGCUCAGAUAUGCAUAUUCUGCAUGAAUACAAUGUGGUCUCAGCUGUACGGCGAAUCUUGUCAUACAUUUGGUUUAUGUUUGGAAAUGUGCAUGAAGCAUUCACGUGGUCCGCAGUAGAGGAACAUUAUAUAUCUACUCUAAGCUUGUGCAUCGUUGAUGUCGCCUUGCCAGUGGCCAGCAACUCUAUGAACUCUAAAAACAUCCUGCAAGCUUUGCACCCAGUAGUCGACCAGUGGAAGUCGGCUUUAUAUUUUUCAUGAAGUAAAAUCCCAUAAAGCCUUUAACAGUGAACAAGGCUUUGCUUAAAGCCGUUAGGAUGCAUCUCUGAAACAAAGCGUUACUCAUACAGAUGUGGCACAAGCAAAACUGUUUGAUCUUGUAAGUUGUUGCACACAUUUAAUUGAAAUGUGAUUGUGAAGUUUGAUGUUUCUUAAAAUAUAUUUUUUCUGUGUGUUUUGGGCCUCUGCAGCCAGUCAACAGUCAGUUGAAGUGUGUAGUUGUGAUUAAUAAGCUAUAAGGAUAUCCAGCUGCAGUAAUGUUACUGUACAGAGACGCAUAGCGGUUCACCACUGAUGUUGGACGUAUUCACCCCCUUAUUUUGAGGAUCGCUUGCUAGAAUCAUCAGGUUGUCCAACCUUAACAGGCACCACUUAUUCAUUCUUUAAUCCGUUCUCCAAGUAACUAAAGUUAAUGUUACGAUUCCAUUAUAUAUUUGCACCAAGUUACCUCUUUUAACCAGCGCGCCCCCCCACUCUGUGUUUUACUUUGGGAGCCUCGAGCUGAAGGCCUUGAUUACGUGUUCAUUUUGUUUUUGUUGGUGCCUUAACCUAAGUAUUAGUUUUUCUUCUGUUACAGACAAUGUGCUGCUUUAAAAUAACGAUCUGAAUUGCCCACGAUUUAUGUUGCAGAAAAAUGAACAACUUUGGGAUUUUCAUCGCUUGCAUGAAAUAUUGUCCUGGAUAGUUGCUAUUGAUUUCUGUUCUGUCACGUGGAAACGAUGCUAUGCAGCAUUUUAUGGAAGAUAACUAGUAUAAAGGGUUUCGUUGAAGGGUCGAAACUGAAGAAUCAACAGAACGGAGACAGUGCCCCACAUAUAACAUGCUCUGUUUUUAUGCAUUAUGUCCAAACUGUUUAAGGAUAAUUUGCCGGUGGUUAUAAGGACUUUGCUGUCUUCACAGCUUCUCCCUGCUGACACACAUGUUUGACUUGCUUUAAACAUAACUAUGUCGAAGCCUCUCCGUCUUAAGUGUCCGUUACAGUGCUUUAUUUUCUCUUUAUAGGGAGCGCAUGCAGAUAUUUUCCCAGCACAGAAUACUUGUUUGAGAACAAGUUAAGUUUGUGCCUGUAUGUGUAGAGUUGAUGGUUGCCUUGAUUUAUUUUUGAAGCUUCACUACAGAUGUUCGUAAUAAACUUCUGAAAUUGUGCUCAUGGUCACUAAAGAGCACAGUGGAAUAAAUUGUACAAUGUGUUAUA